AAUGAAUUAAUAGAUAUCAUAAGAAUAUUUCAUUCAUAAGUUUGCAUCUAUCUCAUUAAGUGAAAGUAUUAGUAUCUUCAUCUAAAAUUAGCUGAUGAUGACAAUCCCAAAUAGAGUAGUCCAGUUUUAGAUCCUCGAUUAAUUGACUAUAUAUGGCAAUUGCCAGCGCACAUUAAAUAAAAAUUAGAAUUUUUCAAACCUAACUCAAACUUUUAGCUUUCUAAAUAAAAUGAUGAAAGUGUUUACUUUGGUACAUUAAUAUUAGAACUCAAACAUGGGAAUGGUAUUUAAGUUUGGCCUUAGUCUGGAAAUUUAUUAAUUGGGUAAUAAGCAAUUAAUAUAUUUUUAAAGUACAUGGUAACAUGAUUUGCUUGAAGGAUUUUGUACAAUGCAUUAUAAAAAUGGAGACAUGUAAAUUAUUUAUUAAUAAAAUAGUUUUGAAGCUCAGUUCUAAAAUGGGUGUACAAAUGGUUUUGGUAUAUUUAAAUCAGAUAAAAAAAUAGUUAAAGGUAAUACAAUAAUAUUUAUUUUAGGAAUUUGGAUUAACAAUUAAUUAGAAGGUGAAGGAUAGGAAAUUAAAGCCGAUGGAACAAUAUUUUAUGGAUAGUUUUAUAACGGCAAGAAAUAAGGCAAAGGAAUUCAAAUGUUCCCAGAUGGAUGCAAGUUUUAAUUGUCUUAUAUCUAAUUGUAGGUAUGAAGGAUCAUUUGAAAAUAACAAAUUUUCAGGUGAUGGAAUCUUUUAUUGGAGUGAUGGAAGUUAUUAUAGAGGAUCAUUUUAGAAGGGUUUGAUAAUGGGAAUAGGUAGUUAUAUCAACAAUAAUGGACUUGAAUUAAUUGGAUUGGUAAUGCUGGUUAAUUAUAAGUUAAUUAGUUCUCAGAAGUCAAAAAAACAUAAGCGAAAGAGAUUGGUCUCAAUAAAAAUCUACAGAGCAUUAUGUACAUAAACUAGUACAACUAAAGUCUUUUAAUCGAAAAGAUACAUCUUCUCUGA